AUGCCUUUUGGGAUUGUCAAGUAUUCAUCCUUGCCGAAGGAUGAAGGAAAGCCCUUUGCUUUCAUUAUAUAUGCUGAUAAGGCAAAGCUCUCCUCAUUUGGUCGUCAAAAGGCAUAUCCCGUCAUUGCACGAUGUGCGAAUUUACCUGUGGGAAUAUGCAAUGGUGAAGGUUUCGGCGGCGGUCGCCUUGUAGGCUGGCUUCCGAUUGUCGAAGAAGACAGAAAGUAUUCCGGGACUCAGUCCUUUGUCAAUUUCAAGAAUGUCAUCUGGCAUGAAUCAUUCAAGCGUCUUCUCAAAUCAAUUGCGCUGCUCUCGAAAACCGGUUGUUGGGUCAUGUGUUGGGAUAACAUCAAGUGUCUCUUUUACCCGCUUAUUCUCAUUUUAUCAGCUGACUACGAGGAGCAAUGUGUUAUGGCAUUGAUACGCGGAACCAAGUGCAAAUGUCCUUGUCCCGUUUGUCUCGUUCCUAGAGAAGAGCUUGGGAAUGUACUGACAUCGUACCCACUGCGAACAAGCGCGUCUGUUCAAGCGACAAUCACAGAGGCUCGAAGUUUCAGUCGACAAGAAGACAAAGAAAAGUUAUUAAUGUCUCAAGGCCUCCGAGACGUAGACAAUGCAUUUUCAGAUGUUGCUCACACAGACAUCCAUUCUGCAGUCUCAUUUGACCGCUUACAUUUUCAGAAACGCAUCAAAUCAGUUGGUCGGCAGAUACAGUCUGAAAUCGAUGUACACUUUGACUCAAUGCCUCGUUGGCGCAACAUCAAUAAUUUUAAGCAUGUCAUGGACAUAUCAUUUUCUGACGGCUCGAAGUAUGAAGAUAUCUCUAAGCUUAUCAUAUUUGCCGCACAUGACGUCAUUGACCGAGGCACUCACACACUCCCUUAUCUGCUCCUUCGAUGCAUCCGUGAAUACGUGAACAUCGACAUGUAUGCUGCUCUUGAAGUGCACACAUCGGAAACCAUUGCUGCGGGCUGUCUGGCCAUAACGGAGUUCACACAACUAUUGGAGCGAUAUAGCGCAAAAGAUGACUCAGGAAAGAAUUGGGCAUACCCGAAACGGCAUGCAUAUGCCCACCUGUUCGAUGAUAUUGAAGCAAAGGGUGCUACACAGAAUACUAACACCAAGCCAAAUGAGAAGUGUCAUGGCCCAAUCAGACAGAUUUAUCUUCGGGGGACGAACUUCAAAAAUAUUGCUGAACAGGUACUUCGCCUCGACCAUUGCUUCCUCAUUGCGCAUUCAAUUCGUUUGGAUAUUGAGGAUUAUGAUGACCUCAUUGUGUCUCAAAAGGACCCUUCUUGGGUGCAGCAGCAAAACGAGCAAACAUUUGCGGCCUUGGAGCAAGAGCAUGCAAGCGAUAAUGCAUUCAAUCGGUUUCGCAUCAAGCUUGCAAACUUUCUGAGUGAUUCCCUCCCUGCUCACGGAAUACCGCUACCUGGCGGAAAACGAAUCAAGUUCAUGCCUGAUGAAACUGUAACCGAGCAUCGCUUCGUAAAGGUCAACUAUGAGUCCAUUGUGGACUGGCGCACUGCUACAGACUAUCUUCGAUGUAGUCCCUCAUUUCACAACUUCCCUCGAUAUGACUGUGUCAUCCUUCAAACUCAAGCCGGAGUGAUAUUUGGGCGUUUACUGAUGCUUUUCACUUGUGUCGUGGAUGGUCAAACUCAUCCAGUUGCUCUCGUUCAUCCAUAUGAUGCUCUGGUUGGACAACGCUCUCUCAAAGAUAAACACUUUCAGUUCUGGCGUAUUCGUCAAAGACCGAGGAUCUCAUCCAAAUUUUUUUCAGUUCACUCAAUCAUCCGUGGCGCAGCACUUGCAGAAGAUCAUAUCAUCCAGGGUGAUUACCUGGUUAUUGACACAAUUGACACUGACAUGUUCUUGCGCAUGAAGGUGCACAAGUCUGCCGGUCAUGUGGAAUGA